AUGGCAACGGCGGUGAACAAGACGGCUCAUCCUUUCGACAAACAACGGCUGGAGACGGUGCUGAACCGGAGGUUCUUCUAUGCCCCUGCCUUCGAAAUCUAUGGCGGUGUUGCCGGGCUUUAUGAUUACGGUCCACCUGGUUCCGCACUCCAGGCGAACAUUAUCGCUGAAUGGCGAAAACAUUUUAUCGUGGAGGAACACAUGCUCGAAUUAGACACCACCAUCAUGACCCCUGCACCUGUAUUUGAAACCUCCGGCCACGUCGCUCGAUUUGCGGAUUGGAUGGUAAAGGACACCAAAACCGGCGACGUUCUCCGUGCGGACCACUUGGUCAAGAAUGUAUUGGAGGCACGGCUGGCUUCAGACAAAGAGGCCCGUGGUCUAGCCGCUCAACCCACGAAAGAGGACGAGAAAGACAAGAAGAAGAAGAAGAAAAACGUGAAAGCCGCUCCGAUCAAGUUACCGGAUGAACUUGUCAAUGAAUACGAGCGUAUAUUGGCCAAGCUAGAUGAUUACUCGGGCCCUGAGCUCGGAGAACUCUGUCGCAAGCAUUCCAUCAAAAACCCGGAUACAGACAAUGAGGUCACCGACCCCGUUCAAUUCAACCUGAUGUUCGCUAGCAGCAUCGGUCCGACUGGCCAACAUCCAGGCUACCUCCGACCUGAGACAGCCCAAGGCCAUUUCCUCAACUUUUCACGCCUCCUGGAUUACAACAACGGACGUGUGCCUUUCGCAUCCGCGCAAAUUGGCCGAUCGUUCCGCAAUGAGAUCUCGCCCCGCGCAGGUCUCCUGCGUGUGCGUGAGUUCACGAUGGCCGAGAUCGAGCACUAUGUCGACCCCGAGGACAAGAGCCACCCCCGCUUCGGAGAAGUGCGUCACGUUGUCCUGUCGCUGCUCGACCGUCACACGCAGUCCGCGGGGAGCACGCAGCUCGUCAAGAUGAGCGUCGGGGAGGCAGUGGAUAAGGGCAUCAUUGCCAACCAGACGCUCGGGUACUUCGUCGCGCGGAUAUACAUGUUCCUCCUCAAAAUCGGGAUCAACCCCGACCGGCUGCGAUUCCGGCAGCACAUGGCCAACGAGAUGGCGCAUUAUGCGACCGACUGCUGGGAUGCUGAGAUACAGAACUCGUACGGUUGGACCGAGUGCGUCGGGUGUGCGGACCGUGCUGCGUACGACCUGUCCGUUCACACCGCCAAGACGGGCCACCCCCUCGUCGUCCGGCAGGCGCUGAAGGAACCGAUCGUAAUCGAGAAGGAAGUGCCGGAGUUCAACAAGAAAAAUCUGGGGAAGAAGUUCCUGAAGGACUCCGCUGUCGUGCAACAGAUCGUGGGCGACAUGAACGAGACGCAGCUGCUGAAUCUGAAGGAGCAGUUGUCAAAGGGGACGGCCACAAUCACGUCUUCUGACCAGAGGACCUUCGAACUCACGGCCGAGCUUCUGACCAUAGAGCGAAAGACUAUUAAGCAGUCCGUCCGUGAAUUCAUUCCCAAUGUGAUUGAGCCUUCGUUCGGUCUGGGCCGCAUCCUUUAUGCUCUGCUGGAACACAGCUUCUGGUGCCGAGAACAGGACAUCGAGCGUGGGGUCCUGUCUCUCCCGCCGCUGGUGGCUCCAACAAAGGUCUUGAUCGUUCCAUUAAGUGCCAAAGAAGAAUUCGACCCCCUAGUGGCAGAAGUUUCUAUGAAGCUUCGCAAGGCCGGGGUGUUCUCGAGGGUGGACGAUUCCAAUACGUCGAUCGGAAAGCGGUACGCCCGGAACGACGAGCUGGGCACGCCCUUCGGCGUCACGCUGGAUUUUGCCUCCGUUGCGAAUCGGACAAUGACACUCCGGGAACGCGAUACGACCGCGCAGCGUAUCGGCGAUAUCGACGAGGUGAUCGCAGUGGUCACGGAGCUCGUGGAUGGGACUAUCAACUGGGCGCAGGCCUGCGAGCGGCUGCCCGCUUACGACGGCGUGCAAGCCGUCGAGUGA